GAUAUGUAGUAGUUAGCAACCAUGACAUUUCUUGAAGAAAUGGUAUUCAGAAUUUUCCUAAUGUUUCAACUAUGUUAUCUUGGUUAUUCCGAGCCCCAAUUUGUGAGCUCUUUCUGUAUACAAAAGAGUGGCUCUUAUAGUAAAAAUAGCCUGUAUCAGGAUAAUCUGAGUCUCGUUUUCAGCAAUCUAACUUCUGCUGCAUCAAUUAAAGGCUUCGCUAACUUCACUGCUGAUGAAGGCGUUGACAAAGUAUAUGCUCUCUUCUACUGCAGAGGAGACCUGAACCUGUCAGACUGCAGCAACUGUGUUGAAACUGCGACAUCUAGAAUUGUUUAUGAAUGCCCCAAUAAGAAAGAAGCAAUAGUUUUUUUUGAAGAAUGUACACUUCGUUAUGCCAAUCGCUCUAUCUUCUCCCUAGAGGAGGAAGAUCCAAAUGAUUGGUCUUACAGUGAAGCUAUGGUUUCUGAUAAAGAUCAGUUCAAUGAUGUUCUAACAGCAGCGAUGAGUGGUCCUAUGAAUCAGGCUGCUUAUAAUAGUUCCAAACGAGGUUUUUCUACUGGUGCUACUACAAACUCUUCUGCAAAUCAGACUGUGUAUUGCCUUGCACAAUGUACUCCGGACAUUCUUGGCAGUCCAUGCCACAAAUGCCUCCUUGCAGCACUUGAUAACCUGAUUGAUGAGGGGAGAACUAAGAUGAGUCUUUUUAUGCCAAGUUGUCAGGUUAUGUAUUCUCUUGCUCCUUUCUUCAGUAUUAAACAGGAGCCAAAUUCUUCGCCGAAUGACCCUGGUCUUAAAUCUCCUGCAGAUGCACUCCCCCUUCCUUCCACAGGAAAUAGUAAAACAUACAUAGCUGUAGGAGUCACUGCUGCUUUAGGAUUGUGUAUUAUGCUUUUUGCUCUAUGGUUUUGGUUGUGUAAGAGAAGGGUGACUAUGAAACGCGAAAAAACCCAACAGAUUUCACAUAAUGUGCAGAGCACAUUUACUUAUGAAGAGCUAGCUUUGGCAACAGAUAACUUUUCAAGAGCCAAUGUUCUUGGUCAAGGUGGUUUUGGAUUUGUUUACAAAGGAAUCCUGCCUAAUGGUAUAGAAGUUGCAGUCAAACAGUUGAGAACUGGAAGUGCACAGGGGGAGCGCGAGUUUCAGGCAGAAGUUGAAAUUAUUAGUCUUGUGCAUCAUAGACAUUUGGUUUCGCUUGUUGGAUAUUGUAUUUCUGGAGAUCAGCGAUUGCUUGUGUACGAGUUCAUUCCCAACAAGACCAUGGAAUUCCAUUUACAUGGAGAUGAAAAUCCAUCUAUGAUUUGGCAAACAAGGUUGAAAAUUGCUUUAGGUGCAGCGAAAGGAUUGACAUAUCUUCAUGAGGAAUGUUAUCCAAAAAUCAUUCACCGAGAUAUCAAGGCAGCGAAUAUACUUAUUGAUGACGAGUUUAAUGCUAAGGUUGCAGAUUUUGGACUUGCAAAGUUUUUCUUAGACACAGAUACUCAUGUCUCUACUAGAGUUGUGGGAACUUUUGGUUACCUAGCGCCAGAGUAUGCUGCAAGUGGGAAACUUACUGAAAAAUCAGAUGUAUUUUCCUUUGGAGUUGUGCUUCUGGAAUUGAUUACAGGACGUAGACCUGUUGACAGAUUCCGUCGCUUUCAGGAUGAUGGCAUGGUCGAAUGGGCCAGGCCCUUGCUUAAACAAGCCCUAGAAGGUAGAAUCUUUAAUGACAUCGUUGAUCCAAGAUUAAAAGAAUACAAUCCCUUUGAGAUGGCACAAAUGAUUGCUUGUGCAGCAGCAUGUGUUCGCAUCUCUGCAAGACAACGGCCUCAAAUGAGUCAGGUAUUACAAACUCUUGAAGGGAACUUAUCAGCUGAGGAUCUUCUGAAAGAAAGCACAACAGAUAAUGAUAUGUUCAACAAAAUUUCUGACGACGGCUCUAGUAGCCAGCAUAAGGAGGAUUUACAUAAACUUGGGAAGUUAGCUCUACAAUCAAGUCAUACUCAAAGUACUGAUAAGUUCAGUGCUAGCACCAGCGAGCUCGUAUCUACCUCGAGUACUGAAAACCAACCAGAUACCCUGGAGUUAUAGAAACUGAAUACUAAGAAAUAGGAAUGAUAAAAUUUCUGUUGAAUGAAUGAAUUUACCUUUGGAUUUUAUCAAAAGCGUGCUUAAUUCCGAAGUACUCCAAGACCAAAUUAUUAAACAACGUUUGUUUACGUGUACAUGUAUAGAUGUUAGAGAGUAUAUUGCUAAAAUAUUUUUACUUUCUAAAUUGUAUGACACUAUUUUGUUUUCUUAAUUUCUUUGAAGUUUGAACAUGUGAAAAGUGUGGUAGAAUGAACUACUAUUUCUAUUCAGAGUUCCUAUUUUCUCAAGUUCUUCAUCAACCAUGAUUAAAUAAAAAGUAAUGAGAGGU